AUGACUCCUAAAAGCACUUUGAUUUUAGUGACUUGCGUGGCUUUGUGUGGCUCUAAGGGCGCACUGAGCGACAAUGUGCUGGUGGUGCCAGGAGAGUACAGCCACUGGCUCAACAUGCGUGCCAUGCUGGAGGAGCUGGUGAACCGCAAUCACAGCGUCACCGUGCUGGUGAAUUCCGCCUCCCCGACGGUGGACUACACCCGCCUGGAGCGCUUCCACUUCGAGGUCUUCCAAGUGCCUUUCAGCAAGUGCCAGUUGCAUGGCAUUUCCGAGGAGCUGAUCCGUUUCUGGAUAUACAAUGCGUCCGACGCUUCCGUAAUGGAAAUUGCGUCUAAGGUCAUAGAAGUGACGAGCCAAGCGACACCUCUGCAAAUGCAAGCGUGCGACGCGAUGCUCCGCAACAAGGAGCUGCAGGACAAGCUGAGACGCGGCAGCUUCCAUGUCCUGCUGUCUGAUCCCAUGAUCCAGUGCGGCGAUCUGCUGGCCGAAGCUCUCGGGAUCCCCCUGAUCUACUCCUUAAGGUUCUCCUUCGGUUAUACCAUAGAAAGGUUUUGCGGACAGCUGCCAGUCCCGGCUUCUUACGUCCCAGCCGCCCCACUACAGUAUUCCGACCGGAUGAGUUUUGUGGAAAGAUUAACAAACGUCUUAAUGUAUGCCUUUCAUACCUCAUUUUUUCACAUCUACUCGAUAGUCAACUGGAAUAGAUACUACAGUGACUUUUUGGGCAGACCCACGACGGUCUGUGACGUCAUGGGGAAGGCGGAUGUUUGGCUGAUUCGCACCUACUGGGACUUUGAGUAUCCUCGGCCUUUGCUGCCGAACUUUCAGUUUGUGGGGGGGCUUCACUGCAAGCCGGCCAAACCGCUGCCCAGUGAUAUAGAAGAGUUUGUGCAGAGCUCUGGAGAUGCCGGUAUUGUGGUGAUUUCUUUCGGAACGCUGAUUCCGAACCUGACCCGGGAUAAGGGGAACGUGAUUGCUUCUGCUCUUGGACAGAUCCCACAGAAGGUUCUGUGGAAGUACAGCGGGGAGAAACCAGACACCUUAGCUCCGAACACUAGAGUUUAUGACUGGUUACCGCAAAAUGAUCUUCUGGGUCACCCCAAGACUAGAGCUUUUGUUACCCACGGUGGCACCAAUGGCAUCUAUGAAGCCAUCUACCACGCCGUCCCCAUGGUCGGCAUCCCCAUGUUUUCUGACCAGCCGGACAACAUGGCCCGUAUGAGGAAUAAAGGGGCUGCUGUUGUCCUGGACUUUAACACCAUGCGUUCCAAAGACCUGGUCGACGCCCUGAACACUGUGAUCAACGUGCCGUCGUACAAGGAGAGUGUGACGAGGUUGUCUCGGAUCCAUCACGACCAGCCGAUGAAACCGCUGGACCGCGCCGUCUUCUGGAUCGAGUUUGUCAUGCGGAACAAAGGAGCCAAACACCUGCGUGUCCAAGCUCACAACCUGACCUGGUUCCAGUACCACAGUCUGGACGUGCUCGCAGUGCUGCUGUGCAGUGCAGCACUGGCCCUCUACACCUUCCUGAAGACAUGCAAGUAUUGUUUCCGGUUGUGCUGCCAGAAGUCAAAAGCAAAGAACAAAACGGAAUGAUGUCUGUACUUUGUUAAAGAACUUCCUGUUAGAUACUUUUGUACAUACUUCCAGUAAGCAGUUAAACAUUUAAACAAUGUGCUAUAUAUACAAAUGAUUGGUCUUGCCAGUACUGUAGCUCACUGAUAUAAUUUUAUCACUGCAACAUAGUUAGUUUCCCUUAAAUAGCUACUUGCUGUAAUAAUUAUUCUGUCUCAGUAGGUGAUUGAAGGAAUUUCAGUAGGAUGCUAAUGGCAUAAGUGGUGUUUUUUCUUAUACAGCAAAUGGAAAUAUUCUAAUGUAUAUUGACCUGGGAUUUGUAACAUGUACAUAUGCAGCUAUUAAAUUACUUUUCCUCUUGGGGUAAAUACCCAAUUUGAAGUGCUUAAUUAAAAAUAAAACUUAAUUUUUUAUAUUUUUAGUCUCUAUGAAUAAAAAAUUAGGCAAAGCAGCUAAA